AGUUCUUGUUUUUCCCAAUGCUAAAAUGGACGCGCCUGCGAUGGAGUCCUUCAGAGAACUGCUGGUGAAUUUUCUCAUUCCCGAAAAAUGUUUUGAUGAGUUUUUUGUCAAUUUCAACCUUCUGGACGUGCCAUGCUUGAAGAUCCUUCUUAGUAAAGGACUGGGAAUGGGGAUCAUCGCGGGCUCUCUGAUGGUGAAGCUGCCUCAGAUCUUCAAGCUCUUGGGAGCCAAGAGUGCUGAGGGGCUGAGUUUCAACUCCAUCCUUCUUGAACUGCUGGCGAUCACAGGAACCAUGGCCUACAGCAUCGCAAACAGCUUCCCCUUCAGUGCCUGGGGAGAAGCUCUCUUCCUGAUGCUUCAGACAGUUGGUAUUGGUUUCCUGAUCCAGCACUACAGGGGAAAUUCUCUGCAAGGUCUUGGGUUUAUAGCAGUUUAUUUUGCCUUGGUCUCCUUGUUGCUGUCGCCCAUUACCCCGAGGUCUGUUGUCACGACGAUGCAAGCCACAAACAUGCCAGCCAUUGUAAUCAGCCGGCUGAUGCAGGCUGGCACUAACUUUCGCAAUGGGCACACAGGCCAGCUGUCUGCUGUCACGGUGUUUCUGCUGUUCGCAGGAUCCCUGGCCAGAAUAUUCACCUCUGUGCAGGAAACGGGGGACCCCCUCAUGGCGCUGACCUACGUGGUGUCUUCGUGCUGUAACGGGGUCAUCGCGGCCCAGCUGCUCUACUACUGGAACGCCAGGCCAGCCGACGAGAAGAAGCGGCAGUGAAAACGGCGCGAAGCGAGAACAGAAACGGAACAGACUGGAGGAGCGAGAAAGCGGACUCGGACACCAGAAGCCUCCCGGCGUUCUUGCAGCACUGGGUUCUUUUUUUUUUUUUUUACCACUUUACUUUCAAGUUUGAAAUCUGAAGCUCUUUAAAUUCGCCGUUCAUUUCCUUCCUGCAGUACGAAUAAUACAACCCCCCCGCUUCCUGCUCACACAUUUACCUUUCCUUCUUUCUGUCCCUUUUCAGUGAUCCUUCUCAUGGGUUAUGUUGCUACAAAGUCAAGUUUUUUUUUUUUUCCCCUCUAAAUCUGCUUUUCCUAGCUUGCCUGGAGAAUCCCAAGAGCCAAGACUGAGCUGCCUUCCUCCUUCCAUACAAUGCGACAGCUCGGUUCUGGCAGGCCCCACCUGCUCCAGAUCGAAAGUCGCGCCGUCGCACGAUUUGAAUGCAGUGAGGGUUAAGGGUUAGGCUGUUGAGUCCCGGCACUUCGGAGUCUACAGACAAGCUCAAAGCAGCUCAAAGAAGGGAAAGGCGACUUUUAAAACAAGACUGGCCCUAGAGCAACAGAACCACUGAGUGAUUGCAGACUCCCAUCAGAUCGUAAAUGAAAAAAACAGCAGCUGAACUCGGAGUUUGAAACCGGGACUGUAUUGCUUUCAAAUCUCCAAUAGGAAAUCUAAAGGUACAUUUUUUUGUUUGAGAAAGAAAAAAAAAAAAUAAUAAUAAUAAUAAUUUGAAGUCCUGGGAUUCAGAGCUGCCCUUAAAGUUUCAUUUCAGUGAUCAGGAGCCAGGAGUUUGAUGCUAAAUGUUUUGUGCCUGUUUAAUAAUCCCACAGACUCACAGUCUUAUUCAUGCUGUGACGUCAGAAUCUGUUCAUUCAAACCUGAUUGUUAAUCUGCCACCUGCCUUGUCAUUGCAAUAAUAUACCUGAACAGGAGAGGGAGCUGUGAACCGCAGAAUUAGCAGGAAUAGCAGAGGCUGCUGAGGGAAGGUGUCUAGAGAUUUGCUCAAUAACGUUUUUUUCCAAAAUAACAUUCCUAAAGUUAACUUUGGCUGCUAUUGAAGAUUAUAGAUUAUAUAUCUGUGACAAUGUGACAGUCCAGUUUGUGUAUAUUCCCACACGCUAAUCCGUGUCCUACAGAUUGCGCAGGAAAUGAUCUUGCGGCAGAAAAUCAACAACUGCGUUUGGUUCAAGAGCUGCGUUUCAAACAUCACCCCAAAAUUUUAAAACAAGGAGGGCUAGUGAUGGUGUGUGAUUAGUUCUAAUCAGAUGGAUUUUAAAAUAUUGGUGAGCAGUCUUUUUAAAAUUGAAUUGUAGCUCUAAAGUAAUGACCAGUUGUCUCCAAAUGUGCUUUGUUGAAAGCUGUUCUGGCAAACCAUGUGUUUUCAUUUUAAAACAUCCGGUCAGCCAACUACUGUUAAAAAAACAAAAAAUAACAAAACACUGCUCAUUUUCCAAAGUACUGCCUCAGGAUGUUCAUUGUACUUACCAGCUCAUUUCACCCAGCGUGUCAGUCAAUAGGAGAAGCACCUGAUUGGCUAUUGACAGGAAAGAAGCCGUCGAAGCGGCUCACCCUGCAGGCGACCUAGGAAGCGCAACACUGCGUGAAAGCAUGGCUUGCAAACCGAGAUUUCUUCAACCGAGUAUCGGGUUUUAAAACUAAAAUAUGUGUGUUUCUUUCACAAGACCACAUUUGAGACCAAGUGGAAGGACAAAGGUAAGGUUUAUGGAGUUUACUUCCAGGGGAAGACUAGGCUCCUUGUCUGUUUCCCUGUUUUGAAGAGGUUUGAGUUUUGAAAUUACAGAGAGGGACCUGCAAGGGAUCAGUGUGACCUACAUAAUAGGUCAAAAACAUUAUUAUAGAACGUGAACGUUGUUGACUAGGUUGUGCUUGUUGGUUUGUCAAUUAUUCGCCCUUAAAAAUGGAAUCGUUUUUCUGCCACAUUGCGAGAAACCAUUGCCUACCUACAUCGAUGCAUACGUCAGUUACACUUGGAUAGCAUUCUGCUUUAAAAAAAAAAUAAAAAAAUCACAAGCACGUGGCUGUCUGUCUGCUUUUUCAACCCGAAAUGAAAUGUUAAUAACUACGAAUCAUUAUACUUUUGCAUCUAGUGUGUCUGUCUGUACAACUCAAGUACUUGAAAUCUUUAAUAAAAAUGAAAUUUA